UUAACCAAUAACCAAUAAUGUAACCAGCAGGGAGGCGGCUCGGGCCUUGUGGUCAGCGUGAGGUCAGCGAGGUGGACGGCGUGCGGUCAGCGUGAGGUCAGCGAGGUGGACGGCGUGCCGUCAGUGUGAGGUCAGCGUGAGGUCAGUGUGAGGUCAGCGAGAUGGACGGCGUGAGGUUAGUGUGAGGUCAGCGAGGUGGACGGCGUGAGGUUAGUGUGAGGUCAGCGUGAGGUCAGUGUGAGGUCAGCGUGAGGUCAGCGUGAGGUCAGCGAGGUGGACGGCGUGAGGUCAGCGUGCGGGCAGCGAGCUGGACGGCGUGAGGUCAGUGUGAGGUCAGUGUGAGGUCAGCGUGAGGUCAGCGAGCUGGACGGCGUGCCGUCAGCGUGAGGUCAGUGUGAGGUCAGUGUGAGGUCAGCGUGAGGUCAGCGUGAGGUCAGCGAGGUGGACGGCGUGAGGUCAGCGUGCGGGCAGCGAGCUGGACGGCGAGGACACAAAGAGCCGCCUGCCCGUGUGAACACAAACAGCUGACUCUGCACAGCCUUUCAUUUCCCGCCUCGUGUCACAGCUCGCACGCUCAAACAUCUUCGGGAUCGCCGCCAUCGACCCACGACUCACGUGACCUUUUAUGGCUUUCCUGUGUUUGGAAGGACGGGGUGAGGCGAGGGUAUUCAGCUGUAAUGAAACACGCUAAUUCAUAAUAAUUAGUAAAAGUAAUCAGUUACUCUGAACCUGGACCAUGAGCUCGCGCCUGAUGAUGUCACAUUUAAAUAUCUGACUCUGACGUCACAUAAAUCAAACAGCUGAUCUCUGGCUCAGGUGUCACACACCUGUCAGCUGACGUUAACGUGUCAGGCUCUUCCAGAGUGACCCUUCAGGUGUGUGUGACGUCACUGUGGUCAGCAGGUGAGCCCAGGGUUACAUCAGCCCACACACAGCUAACAGCUAACAGCUAGCAGCUAGCAGCUAACAGCUACCUGUCACCUGUGCUGGUUAGCCGUUAGCAGUUAGCCUCCGCGGCUAACGGCCGGUUACCGGGCCGGGCUCGAACUCACGCCGAGUUCUGGAGCUUCAAGUCCGGGCAGAGAGGACCGGACAGCCGGCUCUCUGAAGCUAACGGCUAAGCUAACCGGUUAACUAACAGCUACCAGCAGACAGAUCGUCCCAUGAAGACACCUUCAGGAUAACACACACACACACAUCAUGCACACAAACACACCUGGACUCAGGUUUGUGUAUGCGUGACAUCAUGUCUGACUUGUGGUCAUUUCCCUCAUGCUCGCCUCCUCCCAUGAUCCAUCACUCCUCUCUACCUCAGUCAUCUCCCCUCUCCUCCUGCUCAUCACCUGGAAACCAUGGAAACGCUCCUCAUGCCAAGGUACCCUCCUAUCUAUUCUCCCCUCACCUCCCUGAGCCCCAGGUGACCUCCCCUCAGGUGACCUCCCUUCAGUUCUCCCACCCUCAGGGAACCUCCCCUCACAUUGGACCUGAGACGCAGGUGUCUUCCCCUCAUCUCCUCUAUCAGUACCAAGAGCCCUCCCCUCACUGUGCUCCCUGGUCCCAGGUGACCUCCAAUCACCUCUUUCCUCAGGCCCAGGUAACGUCGCCUCAGCUUCCUCCAUGCCAGGUGACCUCCCCUCACCUCCAACACGUUACCUCCCCUCAGCACCUCCCUCAUCACCAGGUGACCUCCCCUUACCUCUCUAAUCCCUACCUUACCUCCCCUCACCUUGUAUCCCAACCCCAGGUGACGUCCCCGCACUAUGUAGCUCAGCCUCAGAUCACCUCCCCUCAGCUCCUGCCGCCGUCCCAGCACCACCUCUCCAACCAAAACCAUGAUCCAGGUUCAGAUCCAGACUGGAUCCAGACUCCUGAACUUCCCUACCUGCAGAAGAGCUACAGUUACUCGUACCAGAACCAGAACCUGGACUUUCAUCUGCAGAACCAGAACCAGUUCAGUACUGGUGUGACUCACCACAGAGAUGAACUGGAGAAUACACACAGACUGCCCUAUAACACACACAUGCAGGAUGUCACACCUGGUCCGGUCCAGGACACCUGGCGAGGUCCGACUCUGCCCCAGCUGCAGUGCUCUCCGCUGGGCUCCAUGUCUGGAGAGGUCGUCCUAGGGAGAUGGAGCUCCAUGGAGGUUGGCUCUUCACCUGCUGCAGACUCCUCCCGCACUCAGUUUCUUCACGACAGUUGCCAUGACAACAAUGCCCCUCAGCCCUUCUGUAGCCCGAACACCCCCGGUCCGAGCCCGCAUUACCCACAAACCCCGACCAUCUCCAGCCCCGGUCCACAAAUGCAAGAGCGAGCAGAUUACCAGGCACAAACCUUCAGACAGCUGAGCAGGGAGAAAACCCUCACCUACGACAGCUACACCCUCUCUGACCCUGCUCAGCACCACCCACCUCAGGUGAGCCAACACCACCUCCAGAGCCAAACCAAGCCGAUCCAGCAGGACUGUACCGGCACCGCCAACACUGCCGGGAACGCCGAGAGCUGCUUCUCUCCACAGGGAAGAGGCCAGGACGUCAGCAGCACUGCCCGGUCUCCAGGCCCGUCUGCCGGGCUGAGCUGGGGAGGAGAGUCUGGAGCAGGAGGAAGAAGAAGAGGGCGAGGAAGAGGAGGAGGACAUGGUCAACCAGACUGGACCUGGAUGAAACAGCCUCCAUCUAAAAACAGCACCGAGGUUCUGGACACCAGGUUGAUGUGCAUGGUGUGUAAGCGUGACUUCCGGAGUCUGCCGGCGUUGAACGGACACAUGCGCUCGCACAGCGGCUCCAGGGCGGCUACGUGUUCGAACAAGGCUGAGGACUCCACCCCACCGAUGGUGAUUCCUGUCACCGUGCCCGUCCUGUCCAGCGUGAAGGUGAAGGCGUGUAAGGGUGGAGAGAGGAAAUGCAGUCGCCUCUCUCCGUCCGCCGGGCACGCCACGCUCUACCGCAGCCUGUUGCACCUCAGUGAGCAGGAAGCAGUCGCUAAAGGCGACGAGGACGAUGGUAAAGCGGCUGACAGUGUUGGUGGAGUGGUUACCAGGGGUGACGGUGUCAGUGGUGUGCACUACACCCCUCCACCCAUGCUGUGUCCAGUGAGGGCGGGGCCAGGGUUGUACUGUUCCCUCAGCAGCAGGAGGCAGCAGAGAGUGCAGAGCGUGCAGCUUCACAGCGUGAACAAUGGACUCUGUGACCUUGUUGCCACGGAGACGGCCUCUCCUCCUGGAACAUCAGGAGUCAGGAAGCCGCGGAUCAAUGUAGGGCGGAGCUUCCAGGCUGAAAUCCCGCCUCUACGGGACCAAAAACACGCCCACUCCGACUCCCACAAUGCACUGCUGCUGUGGAUGCCGUGGGACGAGCUGGAGCGUCCUGUCAAUCAACAGAGAGUUCAAGCUCUCCUGAUGAUGGCUCACUCCAGCGUCAUGCCAGGGGCCGGGGCCAACCCGGAGUCUGCCCUCUACGUCCUAUCACAGUGCAGAGGAGACUUCCUGCUGACGGUGGAGAAGCUGCUGUCGCCCGCCGACAGCUCCAACAACGCAGCCCCACAGUAUCCAAGCUGGAGCGCAGCAGAGAGGAGGUCGCUGGUUAAAUCUCUGCAGCUGCAUCACAAAGACUUCAGCAGGAUCCAGAAAGCCGUCCAGACCAAGUCCCUGUCUCAGUGUGUGGAGUUUUAUUAUCUGUGGAAGAAGACGCUGAGUCUGAGCGCGAGGAUGCCGACGGGACUGACCGUCACUCUGCCCGACACAAAUGGUCAAAGGUGAUCAAUGUCACAUGGCGCAUCGAAACAAAACAACUGGAGGACUGCCACCUGCUGGAGCGACACACUACUACACACACACACACACACACACACACACAAUAAAGGCUUAGGAUGUAGAAACUGUUGGUGUUUGCUGCAGGUCAUCACGUCAUGUAUUUAUUCACGCUGUAGUUUUGAUAUGUGAACAUUAAAGGAGAGUCCAUCCUG